UCUCCAUACUACAAUUAGUUUAAUACCUAUAGUUCAAAAAGAAAAGAAAAAAAAAGACAGAAAACGUCGUGCGGGUCUGCAUUGAACCGCUCGCAGUGAAAAGAAAAAAGGUGAAAUUUCCACUCCCGCCAUUUCCUAUUGUAGCUUGUCUUCUUUGAGCGGCCAUGUCGUGUGCUAAUGAGAAAGCAUGGCACUUUCAGUUCAACAAAUUAUGGUCCAGUAAACUUGAAGACUCCAUCAAUUGUGUGGUAGUUGGUAAACCAUUUCUGGAUGAUUUGAGCGAAGAAAAUGACCUGCUUAUUGGUACAACUGCUGGACGUGUCCUCAUUCUUAAUCAAACAAAGCCAGUGGAAUGCUUACUAGAGACAAAAGGUGCUUCCAUACAAGCAUUGCAGCUCUAUGAUCUUACAGGAUAUGGUGCGACCGAUCUGGUGGUGGGCGAUUCGGGGGGUGUGAUUACGCUUUUCUCCCGACAGCAAAUUCUCAGUAAACGCGAUCUCGGUGCAUCAGUGACCCAGAUUCAAAUUCAUAAAGAUCUUGUGAGCGGCUAUGAGAUUGUUGCCGGGGACAACAGCGGUACAGUCACCAGUUUUCAACAAUACGAUGCUCUGUGGAAGUUGAAUGUGGCAGAGGAAUCCGCCAAGCUGGCCACUCUAGGAAUGAAAGGACGACGUUCACCUUUUAUUCGAUGCAUCCUAUCUGCCACUUUGACAGACUGUUUCGGCAUGGAAAUGUCUUGCUUGUUGGUAUGCGAUGGUUAUCCGUUUAUACACUUUAUUCAGGAUGGAGAGCGAAUUCAAAGUCUACGAGUACCCACUGUUGUCCGUUCAAUAUGUGCAGGCCAUUUCCUUAAUACUGAAACAAUGAAAAAUUUCGUAACCACUCCUACAAAAACGCAAAAAACAGGAAACGGGGCAACAAAAUUAGAUAGUUGCCAAGUGCUGCUGGCUGGUCAAGAUGGUUAUGUCUAUAUCAUGGUGAACUAUGAGAUCUAUCGGUGGUUCAAGGUUGGUUUCUGUCUGAACAAAGUUGUCGGUUUUCGACCUCGUUGUCUUGGUGAUCAUGAUACCGAUCUCGUUGUCUGCGUCGGCCAUUCUAAUACCGUUCACGUAUACAAAGACGGCCAACCAGUAGCGACAAUAGAAACCUCAGAUUGGCCGCAUGUCGUUACAUUUGGAGAUGUCAAUGCAGAUGGUCAAGACGAACUCAUUCUCGGUCUACUGAAUCAAACAAUCGAAGUAUAUCAAUGGAACGCAGUGAGAUCUUUGGCAAUGGAUGAGGGACCAUCCUAAGUGCGGCAUAGUUUCGAAAACUUUAUCAGAGAUACCAUCAUGAAAAAAAAGAAGCA